AUGGCAAGCGUGAGUCGUGUGGUCGUGGUCUGACUGCAGCUAGCGCGCAACUCUGACAUGCCCACGCCGCCGCAUCAGUACGGCAAGAAACGGGGACGGGCCUCGCGCGUCGCACCCGACUCGGAACGCGAAGAGGACGGCGACGAACCCCAACCAGACAAAGACGACCAGAACGAGCACGAAGAGGAACCUCGACCUUCCAAGGGGAAAGGGAAGGACAAGACCAAGGCGGUUGCAACGGAGAAGGGCAAAGGAUCGGGCAAGGGCAAGGCGCGUCAAGCUUCCGACGACGAAGAGGAAGACGAAGAGGUUUUUGAUGACGAGGGGGCGGAUGAAGACGAUGAUGAAACUACGGGUCGGAAAAAGAAGGGAAAGGGGGCGCUCUCAACUCAGGUAAGGGCCGACCUGUAAAGAUCCGUCCGCGAGCACCGAUCCCGCCGAGCUGACCUUGCGCGGAGGGUGGCCUCGCAGGAAAAGGAAGAUCUUGUCAAGGCAAUCACUCGCCAUAUCCUGUUUUCAGAGUACACGCGCAAACUCCACUCCCGCGCCGACAUUGUCAAGACGGGUGAGUGCAUGCGCGACUCGACUUGGCAAUCGAAAACCCUCCUCAUCGCCGAUUCUCCUUUUCCAGUGCUCCCCGAUGGCCAGGGUCGUUACUUUAACGAGCUCAUCCCCAAGGUGCAAAAGAACCUGCGCAAGGUGCUCGGUAUGGAACUCGUCGCCCUUCGACCCAAAGAAAACUCGACCGCCAAGAGUCAGUUCCGGCACCGCCGCUCUCGCUAACCGAUAAUGAGGGCAAUGCUGAUCCCUCGAAUCGCUCCUCACAGACCCUGCCAAAGUCUACGCUCUUCGGUCGACCUUGCCCAUCCAGCUCAUCCGUGCCUCAGCAGCUCGCCCGCUUGCGUCUAUCUCCUCCUCCGUCGACGACGAUCUCGCUGAAUCGUCGGCUCUAGCCCGCGAACUGAUCAACUACGCCGAGGACGACGAUGAUGGGGAUCUGUCGGGUCUGCAUACGAAACAGCGGGCCGAGGCGAAGGGGGGUUACAUCAGGGAUGUCAAGAGGGAGGAGGGUGCAGCCUAUGGGAUCCUAGGUGUCAUCCUGGCGCUCAUCCUAGUCAACGGCAAAGUCCUCGGUGAUGGUCAGUCUCUAUUGCGGAGGAAGCCCGAAUUGUCUCCAAGAUCUGACCCAGUCGAUUCCCGACUGCAAACCACAGAUCAACUCAUCACCUACCUGCGUCGCUUGUCGCUCUACCCAUCGACGAUCAUCCCACUGUCACCGUGCUCGUCCCACCCAGGCCACCUCAACCUAGACCACUUCAUCCAACUGAUGUGCAAGCAAGGCUACCUCGAGCGAUCCGCAUCCGGUGCCGCGCCAGCAGCAGCCGCUGCCGCCGCCGCUCGAACAGGUCACGUUCCUGCUACGCAGCGUACUGUGCGUGGGAAAGGUGCGGACCUGAUUGAGGGUGGGGACGCCGCGAUCGAGUAUCGUUGGGGUGCUCGAGCCGAGGUGGAGAUUGGCGAAGUUGGAGUGGCGCAGUUCAUCCAAACGAUUUUUGAAGCGGGGGGACCGAAGAAGUCUUUGGGUGGGGAUGAUGAUGAGGAAGAGGAGGGGGAGGAGGGCGCGACGGAACGGAGGAAGGAGACGCCAGAGGAGAAGAAAAGAAAGGCCGAGAGGUUGAUGAUUGAGUUGAAGAGGGCCGCGGGGACGGUGUCGUUGCAGGAUGCGGCCGAGGUUGAGGUGACCCUCUAA